UUUUUGUGGCGGAAAGCUAUUUAAUACUGGACAGUAUGGAAAAUGCUCCCAGCGCAGUACGCCUUUGCACUGGGGGAAGCGUGAGCAUUUGAAAAAAGAAGUUCUCUCGGUCCAACAAGUGGUUAUUCGCUUUUCUGUCAAAAGAGAGACACCAACAGGACACCAACUCGCUAAGCAGCAAACAAGACCAACGAUCCACAUGGACCCAAACAGCGAAAACUCCUGGACAAGCUUCGGGGCAGAAGUCAACUUGGAAAAGCUGCAGAAGGUAGCGGCGGAGCUGAUUCUCCCGGGCAGAUUCAUCCUCAGACCUCUGAGUGCCGCUCUGGAGCUCGUGACCCGCCUGCUGGCCUGGGUUUUAGGAUGCAGCCUGGUCCGGAGGCAUUUCCACCUCAUGCUGUCGGGGCUGGUCCUCUUUGGGCCUCUGCUGAGCUUCUGGGUGUCCAAGUACAGCAUCUUCGCCAACGGCAACCACUACCUGUACAGGAAGUUCCUCAGGUCUGCUUGGGGCUGGACCUGCAUCCUCGCAGGCUCCUUCGUCGCCCUCCUCUCCUUCUCGGCCCGCCGCUCCGUCUCCCUCACCCUGCGCCACCUCUCUCGAAUCGGCCUCGCUGGUCUCCUCUGGUGGAGCUCUCGUUGCCUUCUGACCCUAUUGGAGGACGCAGCCGGCGCCUGCUACGAACCUCUGGCGCCCGCCCUGGGGCAGCCUCUACUCCUCCUGCACGAAGACCAGAGCAAGGCAUCAUGCCUCAAGGCCAACAUGAUGUGGAGAGGGUACGAAGUGUCGCAGGAAACGCUCGUCCUCUGCCUGAGCUGCCUGGUGCUUGUGGAGGAACUGUCCGUAUUCGGUCUCCACCUGGCGCAGGAGAGGCGUCUUCAUAGGUCCCCUAGCUCGCCGUUGGGAGUCCUCUUCCUCCUCUGUGUAGUUCUGCUCGUCAUAUGGAUGGUCUUGCUCCUGUGUUUGCUGGCAUACUUCCCUGCGUGGCCGUCUCAGCAGCUGGGUGGAGCUCUGGGCUACCUGGGGUGGAGGGGCCUCUAUCAGGGAUGGUACCGGCUAACGCCCAGUCAGGGGUCCCCUGGUUUACCCGGAGAGGGCCUCUUCACCGGCACAGACUCUGAUAAACACUCCCAGUAGUUUAGAGGGGCAGCAUUAUGCAUUUUCUAGGUACAACAUGACAUUUUAUAGCACAGUCAAGUAACUGUGUUACCCUCAGCCGUUAUAAAAAUGAUACAUAUCUGAAUUAUGACUUUGAAGAAAUUUGACUUUGCAAUUGAACAUCUUGAAAUUGGGUCUCUGUCUCUUUAAGAAGCUCCUGCCACCUUCAGGAAGUCAUCAACAACUUUCCACUAUUUUCCCCAUCUACAGUCGUUCUUUAGAGUGUUUCGUGUAUAACGAGCUUAGCAGACGCUCAGGUGUUUGCUUAUUGCUGCUGGCUAGUCUGAAGGAGCUGAGUGGGGGAGGGGUGGAGAAGGGGCGUGUUCAGGGAGGCUGGAGCUCCAGUUAGUAGCGGCGUUGAAAAUGCGGCGGUCGGUGAGAAAAAGCACAAAUGUUUUUGCUUUUCGAGUGGUUGCCAUGGGAGAUUAAAAGAAUCAAAGCAAC